AGCUUCGAUUCCAGCACAGUCAGCUGAAAAGCAGGCUCUGGCGCAGUAGCUCUCAGGCCACUCUGACUUGGAAAUACUGUUUUGAUAUACUCUACAUACUUAAGGCACAGAUGCAACAGCGGUUUAACCAAAAGUAAACGGAGAAGUGCAUCUGGGAUGUCAUGGAUGAACAGAUUUGAUGGGCACUAGGACAUAUUCUGGCUGAGAGUGAAUAAGGGAAGGAUGAUUUAUCCGAAAGGGUUGGUCUUUGAAGUGGAUCAUGCCCCCUAGAUAGCAAAGUCUUUGCCUUUCUGGCUGUCGGCCCCUCAUUAAUGGAGAGGAUGCCUCCCCGGAAGCGCACCCAGCCCACAUUGGGAAUCCUGUGCUGCUUUAAAAGUGGUGAACCCCCUGAGAUCAACCUGAAAGACAGUGUGCCGCUGCAGCUUCUGGAGUUCAGUGCCCCCAUGCCCCCAGAGGAAGAACUGCAUGCUCGAUUCUCUGAGUUGGUGGAUGAUCUAGACCUCUCUGACAAGAACAGGGAAGCCAUGUUCGCAUUGCCAGCUGAGAAGAAAUGGCAGAUCUAUUGCAGUAAGAAGAAGGAACAAGAGGACCCCAACAAACUUGCCACCAGCUGGCCUGAUUACUACAUAGAUCGGAUCAACUCCAUGGCAGCUAUGCAGACACUUUUUGCCUUUGAUGAAGCAGAAAUAGAGAUGAGAAACAAGGUGGUUGAGGAUCUUAAAACAGCCCUCCGCACUCAACCAAUGAGGUUUGUAACACGCUUCAUUGAGUUGGAUGGCUUGACGUGUCUUUUGACAUUCCUAAGGAGCAUGGACUACGAAACUUCAGAAAGCCGUAUACAUACCUCUAUUAUUGGCUGCAUCAAAGCCUUGAUGAAUAACUCUCAAGGCCGAGCUCAUGUACUGGCCCACCCUCAGAGCAUCAACACUAUCUCCCAGAGCCUCCACCAAGACAACAUCAAGACCAAAGUGGCUGUGUUGGAGAUCCUUGGUGCUGUUUGCUUGGUGCCAGAUGGGCAUAAGAAAGUGCUACAGGCAAUGGCACACUAUCAGAAGUAUGCUGCGGAGAGGACUCGCUUUCAGUCUCUUUUGAACGGCCUGGACAGAAGCACAGGACACUACAGGGAUGAAGUAAAUCUGAAGACAGCCAUCAUGUCAUUCAUCAAUGCUAUGUUGAAUGCUGGCGUUGGAGAGGACAGUAUAGAGUUUCGCCUUCAUCUUAGGUAUGAGUUUCUGAUGUUAGGAAUUCAACCAGUCAUCGAGAAACUGAGAGCACAUGACAAUGCUACACUUGACAGACAUUUGGACUUCUUUGAGAUGGUUCGAAAUGAGGAUGAGAUAGAACUCGCCAAGCGAUUUGACUCUAUGCAUGUGGAUACUAAGAGUGCUGGCCAGAUGUUUGAACUGAUCAAGAAGAAACUGAGCCAUACAGACGCCUACGCCCACCUUUUAUCUAUCUUACAACACUGUCUCAAAAUGCCAUAUAAACAUGAUGCAGGCAGCAUACAGCAGUGGCAACUUCUAGACCGCAUUCUUCAGCAAAUUGUUCUACAAGAUGAGAGUGGAGAAAAUCCAGAUGUUUCACCCCUGGAGAAUUUCAAUGUUAAGAAUAUAAUAAAAAUGCUUGUCAAUGAGAAUGAAGUCAAACAGUGGCGAGACCAAGCAGAAAAAUUCAGAAAAGAGCACGUAGAGCUGAUGAAUCGGCUGGAAAGGAAAGACAGAGAGUGUGAAACAAAGACACAGGAGAAGGAGGAUAUGAUGAAAACACUCAACAAGAUGAAGGACAAGUUGCAGAGAGAAGGAGUGGAGUUACGUUCUGCCAAAGAACAAGUAUUAGACAUGUCCUCCCGCAUUAGCGACAUUUCAUAUGUUGGAGUUCCUUUAUCCUUCCCUCAUCCGCUCCCUGGCAGCCCAAUGCCUCCACCUCCACCUUCACCACCUAUAAUGUUGGGUGGCUCUCCUCUUCUUCUUCCUCCUCCUCUUCCUCCACCACCUCCUCCCCCUCUUCAUCCUCCACCUCCUCCUCCUCCACUUCUUCCUCCUCCUCCUCCUCCUCCUAUUGCUUUCUCCAGUCCACCCCCACCACCUCCUCCACCCUCCUUUGGGUGUCCUCAACCUCCACCUGGAGCCCCGCCCAUCUUUUCUGGGAUUCCACCUGGACCUGCUUCGAUUAGUUCCACAACCAGCCCGCAGACAAAGAGUAUCCCCCAACCCUCUCAACCACUCAAAUCCUUUAACUGGUCCAAACUGGGAGGGAAUGAGGUCACUGAUACCAUCUGGAAUGGGAUUGAUGACAGAAGGGCCUUUAAAGUUCUUGACCUGAAAGAUAUCGAGAAGAUGUUUUCAGCUUAUCAGAGGCAGCAAAAAGAGACAGGAUCAAUGGAUGACCUUAAUCUGAGCACACGCAAAGUCAAAGAGCUAUCUGUCAUUGACGGGCGGAGGGCCCAGAACUGUGUCAUUUUGCUUUCCAAGCUAAAAAUGAGCAAUGAAGAACUAAAAAGAGCUGUUCUAGAGAUGGACGAGAGGGAAGAGCUGGCUAAAGACAUGUUAGAACAGCUGCUUAAGUUUGUUCCUGAAAAAAGUGAUAUUGACCUUCUGGAGGAACACAAACAUGAGCUUGAGCGUAUGGCCCGGGCUGACCGCUUUCUGUUUGAGAUGAGCAGAAUUGACCACUAUCAACAGAGGCUCCAGUCGCUUUUCUUCAAAAAGAAAUUUGCUGAUCGCCUAGCAGAGACAAAGCCAAAGGCUGAAGCCAUUCUGUGCGCGUCACGCGAGGUGAUGAGUAGUAAGCUCCUGAGACAGGUUCUAGAAGUGGUUUUGGCAUUCGGGAACUUUAUGAACAAAGGACAGAGGGGCAAUGCAUACGGUUUCAAAGUGUCCAGUCUUAACAAGAUCAUAGACACCAAGUCAAGUAUAGACAGAAACAUCACCAUGUUGCAUUACCUGAUCAUGAUCUUUGAAAAGAAUUACCCUGACAUCCUCAGUAUUCAACAGGACUUGUGCAGUGUAUCAGAAGCCGCCAAAGUCAAUCUAGCUGAGCUGGAGAAAGAAGUUUCCAGCAUCAGGAGUGGCCUGAGAGCUCUAGAAGUGGAGUUACGAUAUCAGCAUAGCCGAGCAUGUGACAGAGGAGACAAGUUUGUCCCAGUGGUCAGCGACUUCAUCACUGUGGCUAGCUUCAGCUUUUCUGAACUUGAGGAACUUCUUAAUGAGGCCAAGGAUAAGUUUUCCAUGGCUCUGAAGCACUUUGGAGAGGAGGAAGGUCGAAUGCAACCGGACGAGUUUUUUGGAAUCUUUGACAUCUUCCUGCAGUCAUUUAGCGAGGCCCGACAUGACCUUAAGAACAUGCAGAGAUGCAAAGAGGAAGAAGAGAGGAGAAUACGCUUGGAGGCGAUGCUCAAGGACCAGCGUGAACGAGAGAGACGAGCAAAGAAAGGCACCAAAGGCAGUGCGUCAGAGGAGGUGGGGGAGUUUGAUGAUCUUGUGUCAGCACUUCGCUCAGGUGAAGUCUUCGACAAGGACUCUAAACUUAAACGCAACCGCAAGCGCUCUGUAAACCAGCUGGCUGAUGCCGGAGGUCGGGAAAGAUCAGUCACCAAGAUGAACUAUUGACCACAGUGAACAUAGUCAAGGAGACCAGGCUUUAUAUAUUCACACGCUGAUGGGGAACUCUCAUUAAUAGGAUAAUACUCACUAUUUACUCACCAUUAGUUCCUUUAUUAUUUUUUUAAGAAGAUAUUUCAAAAAAACCAAUGACAAUUGACACCCAUAGCAGGAAAAACUAUUAUUAUGGAGUCAAGGGCUAAUGUUUUUCAACAUUUUUUGUUUAACAGAAGAAAGAAACUCAAAAAUGUAUUUGUCAAGUGAGUAAAUGAUUACAGAAAUUUAAUUGCAUGUACUAUCCCUUUAAAUGCCAUUCACUGCCCUCUGCUUUUGCUUUUGCACAGACCACUAAUAACUAACAAGGCUCAUCCACUUUCUUCUCGGUGAGUGCACUCAUAAAUCCAAGAGCAAAACUCUUACUCUUGGUUUUUGGCACGACCAGUAUUCCAACCUGGGAGAUUAGUGCAAGAAUAAAAUGUAAGACUUGGUGUGAUGUUUCACAAUGCAUCUUCUCUAGCAGAGUCCAUUUGCUUCACCCUUUGCGCCUGCCAAGUCAUCUCUUGGCUGUCCAUUCCCUUGCUCUAACUUUACAAGGUUAAGAGGUGAUCCCAUUUCGGAAAUUGGGAAGAUGUAAUAAAAAAGAAAAUAUUGUUGUGAUUAGUUUGGAAAUAUGGCACCUCAGGUUGGGAUACUCAUUUAGCAAGUGCCUAUACUCUAAUGGCAUUCCAAGGACUACCUCUUGGAUGGGGAUAAAAGCACUCACACUGAGAGAUACAGAGAGUAAUAUGAAACCUGAAGUCUCGAAAUGCACUGACUUAAUGAAAGAAAUUUUGAUUUAUAGUUCGGUUUAUGUCUUUUCAAGUUAAAUGAGCACAGAAGAUUGACAUUGUGCACUAUUGAAGACGCACUGUAGUAUUCUUUUGUUUAGUAUUGUUUAGCACCUUCUCUUUAAUGGCAUUUUAAGGACCCACACUGCAAGAAAUGCUUUUCUUACUUCGAUUUUUUUAUCCUGUUUCUAGUCUAAAUAUCUACAAAUUCUUAUAUCAAGAAGCAUUUCUAGGUAAGCAAAACAUUGUCUUGUUUUGAGAAAUAAUAUGCCAAUAUUGAGUGAGUUUUUCCUUAAAGCAAGCAAAAUAAU